CGAGUGUCGGAACCAGAGGCGGAUGGAGGCUGAGGCUCAGGGAGCCGCCAACAACCCCGAGCUCGCAGAGAGGGAGCCGCUCCGGUCGGGACCAACGGGGAACCCGGAGCAGCCAGGUAACUGGUCACUUACUAAACCUCUUGGAAAUGUUAAACCAGUUUGUAUUCACCUAUUAGCUGUGGUCACCACGCUUCUGAUCUUCUUGGUGAUUGCUCUAUCCUUCAUCUUAGCAUUGGAAAGAGCCAAGCGUCUCCCAGAACUCCCUAUCCCUGCUCCUUGCCCAGGUGACUGGCUUGGAUUCCAAGAGAAAUGUUACUAUUUUUCUAACGACACGAGGAACUGGACAUCUAGCCAGAAUUUCUGUACCUCCCACGCUGCAGGUCUCGCUGUGAUCGACACUCAGAAGGAAAUGGACUUGUUGAUGCGAUACAAAGGCCCCGCUGACCACUGGAUCGGGCUGAACAGGGAAUCAGGCCAUGACUGGAAGUGGACAAGCGGCAUCAAGUUCACUGAGUGGUUUGAAGUUAAAGGAAAAGGAGAAUGUGCUUAUCUGAACGAUAACAGAGUUAGCAGUGCCAGAAGCUACACAGACAGAAGGUGGAUCUGUAGCAAACCUGACUUUUAUGCCAUUAGGAGACAAAAUGCUUUAAAGGAUCAAACACAGAGAUUCCAUUACGAAUAGGAGAUGUGCACUGUAAACUGCUAUUUACAGUUGCUGCCAAUUAUUAGGUUUUAUUGAAAGUGUUACAGGAGAGAACAUUAUGCUGGGAGUUAGAUUGGAUAAUUUGCUCUACUGCCAUUUUGGUCCCCUUCUCGGGGUUGCAGUAAGUUACGGGUGCCUGAAAGUGAACAACACUGAGUUUCUAAGCUACACUGUACUGACGAUUCCCAAAAAGGAUGAAAUAGUAUUUUAGGAUGAGCAUUUCCAUCCCUGCCCCCUGCAUCCUUUCCUCAGUCCUCCCUCUCCCUAAACCUAAUCCUGUCCCUCCGGGGCCUAAACGACUGUGAGCCCCAUGUGGGACGGGAACAGUGUCUAAUUCAAUUGUAAUCACCCCAGAGAUUAGCACAAUGAUUGGUACGUAGUGAGCACCGAACCAGUAGCACAAUCAACAGAGAAGCGGAGUUGCCUAGUGGAUAGAUCACGGGCUGGGGAGUCAGAAGGACUUCUGCCAUUUGUCUGCUGGGUGACCUUGGGCAAGUCACUUCACUUCUCUGUUCCUCAGUUCCCUCAUCUGUAAAAUAGGGAUUAAGGCUGUGGUACAGGGACUUGGGUACAAGUUGAUUUCCUUGUUUGUACCUCAGUUCUUAGUACAGUGACUGGUACAUAGUAAGAGAUUACCACCACAAUUAUUAUUAUUAUUGUUUCCCUUCUCCUCCUCAGGCUUAUGCUCUGGGGCAGAAUGGAAAACUGCACCUGGUCUCUAAUCCAGAGCUCCAUGCAGACAGCCUUUGCUCUCUCGGGGCGUACCCGGGCGGCUUCUAACACGGAGCUCUGCCAAAAUCCGGUUCUUCCUCGUUGUUCCUUCCCCUCCCUGGCUCCGAACCACAGUCUGAGUUGAGAUUUGACGUGGCAUCCCCUGGAGAGGGAGAUUCAAACUGCCUUGUUGUCCCCGCAGUGCAGAGAAGGGGCUCCCCAGUGGCUUGAUUGUUUUAGGGGUUCAUUUCCCUCCUCCCCCUCAAACCUGUCCCUCCAGGGCCUAAAGGACUGUGAGCCCCAUUUUUUGGGGGGACAGGAACAGUGUCUGACCUAAUUAAAUUGUAUUAUUAUUAUUGAAAUUUUGACUUUACAGAAGAUGAGAUCUCUUGUAAUAUUUAUUAAACCAUUAGACUUAUAUUAA